GAGACAGCUACGUCCGGCUCUGUUUCGGUCCCUUCCUCCUUGGUCUUGGAGACAGAGCCCCCAGGUGGUGCCCCACAGAAGGACCUGGCGUUCGGGGCAUCAUGACCCCCACCUGGAUCUUACUCGUUCUCCAGCUGCGAUUCACCAGAGAGGAAGAUGCCUACGUCAAGAAGGGGCAGGACCAGGAGCUCCCUUGCAGCCGGGACGACUCUUUCUCGGGCGCGGAAGAGUUGACCUGGUCCUACAACACCCGUGUCGCUGGCACCCCGGCGGUGCUGUUAUUCCGGGGCGUGGCGACUCAGGCCCUGAAGAAGGAGGCGGGGGCCUGGGAGCGGCUCUCCGUGUUCCCCAACCACUCCCUGUUCCUGCGGGGGGCCGAGGACGGGGACACGGGGACCUACUGGUGUUCGGUGCAAAGAGCCACCCGCAGCACCUACCACUUGAAUGUUGUCACAGGGACCCACACGGUGCUGCCGACCGGCCACGCCAACAUGACCUGCCACCAGUUCUCCUGCGCGAUCACGGACCGGCAGGCGCUGCCGGCGGUGACAUGGAGGGUCGACGGGCAGCGGGUGCAGGACGCCGACGGGCAGGACCGGCACCGCGUCUUCUCGGGCUCGCGGGCGUCGCUGCUCCAGGCCUGCUGGAAGAGGAGCGACAAGGGGGCCAGGAGGCAGAAAAGCCGGGUCAGGUGUGAGCUGAAGGGCACGUCGGUCAACUUCAACCUCACCGUGAAGGAGCCCCCCGCCCCCAAUGUGAGGGGACCCACCUGUAGCUCUGCCUUGAUCCCCCUGGCCGUGUGCGCAGCGCUGGAGUUCCUCCUCCUCCUCGCCUUGGGGGCGGCGCUGUGGAGGCGGGGGCGGCCGGACCGGAGGUCACACCUGGGCGACCUUCCGACGCACAUCCAUCCAGAUCCUCCCGGUCCCAAAUCUCCAGCGCAGCUGUAUGAGAACGUGGGGCUGGGAUGCGCAGCAGGGGGUGCUGAUCCUGCCCAGCUGUGAUGGCUCCGUCGGCCCCUGUGGAGCGACCGCCGCCCCUCGAGCCCUGUGUCGGGGUCCGGGCGGGGCCAAGCUGCGUGUCAAUACCCAGUGCCCCCCGCAGGACAGGGUCGGGGGCUCCCCGAGGCCACGAGGGGCUUUCCAAGGGGAAGAGCUGGAAGAGGAACCCAGGCGUCCGGCCCCCCGCCUUCUCCGCCCAUGGGGGCUGCGGUGACCGAUUGGGACUGGGCGAGGGUAGGGGGCGUGUCUGGAGCUGGGAAUAAAGGAGAACAGAGCAGAGUCUGUGACGGGAGUGUGGGGCUGAGAGUGGGGACACUGAGAGAGAGAACACACAACCGCACACCCCGAACCACAACCGCACAGCCCGAACCAGACACAAUCGCAAAUGCACACACACAACCACACGCACGCACACUCCCUACCAAAACCACAUGCACACCCCCCCAGCCACAACCGCACGCACAGACUCAGACACAAUCACAGACUCACACACACAGAAAACCAGACACAGUAACACAAUCACACACACACACACACACACACACAGAAAUGCAGAUAUACACAAUAAAACAACCCCCCACUCACCUAUAACUACGCAGCGAAACCCACACAGAAACCCAGCUCUACACAACACAAUUCCACACACACUUACACAGCUACACCCAAUCACACACACACAAAAUCCCACCCGCACCUGUGACAGACGCGGCAACACAACACAACCGCACCGUGCCCUGCCCCGCACGCACACCCUGUGCACACGCACACACACACACACACACCACUGCACUGCGCCCUGCCCCACACGCUCCC